CCUGCCUCGGUUCAACAGGGGAGGUAAGCGCGGCUGCGCACGGAGCUCCAGCACUUGCUACUGGCAUUUUCACGCACGUCGGACUAAAAGAAAACUAACUGGGAAGUUUAUUUGGAUAAUUUUGAGAUGUCACUAAUAUACCCCAAAGGCCGGCGUUUUCCAUAGGUUUUAUUAUAUCAGUAUUAGCCAACGGCAGCUAGGCACAAAGACGUGCAGUCAUCUAUACUAGCCGAUGUUGGCUAACUAACUAGCUUGAGGACAUCCUACUAUCAUACUCGGGUUAAUCUCUGCUGACUCGCUCUCUGUGCUGCGUUAGCUGUUUCGUUGUAGCCGUUUUAUCUGUACCACAAGUCAAGUGGCUGUGUGUGUUUUUUGCAGUCGCCACUCAUGAGUGCGACACUUGGAGCAGCGUUUCUGCGUAGCGGGCUUGUUUCGUGGUGCAUGUUUUCCAGCUAGCCGCAGCAGAGCUCGGGUCUGAUUCGGGGGAUGUGGUGGCAGUAGAAAAACAAGCUAACGAUACUCUCGUCAGUACGAAGAAGUGAGGAAACACUUGAUCCGAGUGGGAGUUCUCGUUUUCUUUUUUUCGUUCAUUCUUUCUUUUUUUCGUUGUUGUUUACGUUGAUCGUGAUCCCGGGCUGGAUGACGCUGACGCGGACCUGACAAUCACUGGACACGGCUGAACUGAAACGGGGAAUAUCGCUAACAGAUCGAAAGGAUUAUUUUGUGUCCCUUAAGUGGAUUUCGGCCUCUUGUUAAGGAUCUUCGUGUGAGCACAGCAAGUGUUUGACCCUCCAGCAAAAAUACCCUCUCUCCUAGAGCGACCUUUUACCCCCACAGCUUCACCCUCCGAUGCGGAGAUUGCAGUAGCACCGGCAACCAGACCCCCCUCCCCUCCGGCGGCCGGACAUGCUGAAGUGUAUCCCCCUGUGGCGCUGCAACCGCCACGUCGAGUCGGUGGACAAGCGGCAUUGCAACUUGCAGACGGUUCCUGAUGAAAUAUUUCGAUACAGCCGCAGUUUGGAGGAGCUUCUCCUUGAUGCCAACCAACUCAAAGAGCUACCAAAGCCUUUCUUCAGACUACUGAACCUCCGGAAACUCGGCCUGAGCGACAAUGAGAUCCAGAGACUCCCGCCUGAGGUGGCUAACUUCAUGCAACUGGUGGAACUGGACAUCUCCAGGAACGAUAUUUCUGAGAUCCCAGAGAGCAUUAAGUUUUGCAGGGCCUUGGAGAUUGCAGACUUCAGUGGAAACCCCCUCUCCAGAUUGCCGGAUGGUUUCACUCAACUCCGAGCGCUUGCUCACCUGGCCCUCAAUGAUGUGUCAUUACAGACGUUGCCCAACGACGUUGGAAAUUUGGCCAACCUGGUGACGUUGGAGCUCAGGGAGAACCUGUUGAAAUCUCUGCCCACGUCGCUCUCUUUCCUGGUGAAACUGGAACAGCUGGACCUGGGCAGCAAUGAACUGGAAGUUUUGCCGGAUACCCUCGGCGCUCUCCCCAACCUAAGGGAGCUGUGGCUGGACCGUAACCAAUUGUCCUCAUUACCACCAGAGCUGGGAAACCUUCGAAGGUUGGUGUGUCUGGAUGUGUCGGAGAAUCGUCUGGAGGAGCUCCCCUCAGAGCUGAACGGCCUCCUGGCUCUCACAGACCUGCUGCUCACACAGAACCUGCUGGAGGUCGUCCCGGACAGCAUAGGGUCUCUGAAACAGCUGUCCAUCCUGAAGGUGGACCAGAACAGACUGACCCAUCUGACUGAUUCAAUAGGCGAGUGUGAAAACCUCACAGAACUUGUCCUGACGGAGAACCUGCUACAGUCACUUCCUCGCUCGCUGGGCAAGUUGAAGAAGCUGACCAACCUGAAUGUAGACCGCAACCGGCUGGGCAGCGUGCCCAAAGAGCUGGGCGGCUGUGCCAGCCUCAACGUCCUCUCACUGAGAGACAAUCGCCUGGGCAAACUGCCUGCUGAGCUUGCAGAUGCCACGGAGCUGCAUGUGCUGGAUGUAGCUGGAAACAGAUUACAAAACUUGCCUUUCGCCCUGACAAACCUCAACCUGAAGGCCAUGUGGCUCGCAGAGAACCAGUCUCAGCCAAUGCUCAAGUUCCAGACAGAGGACGAUGAGCGAACAGGAGAGAAAGUGUUAACCUGCUAUUUGCUACCCCAGCAGCCUUCCCCAAGCCUAGAGAACCUGCUGCAGAACAGUGUAGAUGGUAGCUGGACAGACAGCAACCUGAACAGAGUUUCGGUCAUCCAGUUCCAGGAGGAGACCAAGGCUGAGGUGGAUGAGGAUGAUGAGGCUGCUGCAGAGCGUAGAGGCCUUCAGCGCAGAGCCACACCGCAUCCCAGUGAGCUGAAGGAAAUGAAGAAAGGGAUUGAAGAGAGGAGAAAUGAAGCCUACACAUCCAGACAGGACGAGGAUCAGUCCCUGGACCCACAGGAAAAAAGGCUCAGUGACCUCUCCAAUCAGAGCCAUGACUCGCAGGUGUCUAACAGCACGCUGUCGGCCACCUCCCAUGAGGACAGACAAAAUGUGACUGAGGCCUCUCACAUGGAGAACCGUUUGGACGGCCCUUCCCCUCAGGAUGAGGAUGACCUUGAUGAGAUGGAGGUGGAGUACGUUGAGCCCACUGUGCACUUUGCAGAAGAACCCAUCAUCCGAGGUGGGGACGAGGACCACGAAGAGGACGGCGAGGACGGCGAGAGGAGUGACGAGGAAGACAAGAGGCCCAUGGAGAAGCGUCUGAUACGAAAGGACACGCCACACUACAAGAAGCACUUCAAAAUCACCAAGCUGCCCAAACCCGAGGCUGUGGCCGCUCUGCUGCAGGGCUUCAGUCCCGACGCCCUCAACUCUUCUACUCAGGCUGCCGAGGACGAGGAGGAUGAGGAGGAUGAGGAGGAAGAGCAGAGUGAUGGCACUCCUCAGCACCGCCACAGAGUGGAGGAGGCAGAGGACAGCCGGCAUCAGGUCAACUCCAGCCAAGUAAAGGGGGUGUCAUUUGAUCAAGUCAAUAAUCUGCUGAUUGAACCUGCUCGAAUUGAGGAGGAAGAGCACACCCUCACCAUCGUGCGACAAACAGGCGGCCUGGGCAUCAGCAUUGCUGGUGGAAAAGGAUCCACGCCUUACAAAGGAGAUGAUGAGGGAAUCUUCAUCUCCAGAGUGUCUGAAGAGGGUCCUGCAGCCAGAGCUGGAGUUAAAGUGGGAGACAAACUGCUGGAGGUAAAUGGAGUGGACCUCCACGAAGCUGAGCAUCACACAGCAGUGGAAGCUCUCCGCAGCUCCGGUGCUACAGUUUCCAUGACAGUGCUGCGGGAGCGCAUGGUGGAACCAGAGAACGCCAUCACCACCACACCGCUUAGGCCCGAGGAUGACUACUUCCCACGGGAGAGGCGGAGCAGCGGCCUUGCCUUUAACUUGGAGAACAGUCCAAGCGGGCCGAGGCAGCGGUUCUCCACCUGCCUCAUCCGUAAUGACAAGGGGCUGGGAUUCAGCAUUGCAGGGGGGAAAGGCUCCACGCCGUACCGCACAGGGGACACGGGAAUCUACAUCUCUCGAAUCGCAGAGGGCGGAGCGGCCCACAAAGACAGCACGCUGCGUGUGGGCGACAGGGUGAUCUCUAUCAAUGGUGUAGACAUGACAGAGGCCAGGCAUGACCAGGCAGUAGCGCUCCUUACCGGCACCUCCCCCACCAUCGCCCUCCUGGUGGAGCGUGACUUGAAUGCACCAGGGGGCUCUCCAGGUCAGACCCGGGCACGAGCCCACUCCCCUCCACCCCCAGAACCAUCAGAUUCUCCAGACCAGGACGAGGAAAGCCUCGGGAACCAUCUGAGCCGGAUGGAGGACGAGUAUCCCAUCGAGGAAGUUACCCUGGUGAAGUCUGGAGGCCCUCUAGGCCUGAGUAUUGUAGGAGGCAGCGACCACGCCAGCCACCCUUUUGGUAUCAAUGAACCUGGGGUGUUCAUCUCAAAGGUGAUUCCUCAUGGGUUGGCAAGUCAAUGUGGGCUCCGUGUUGGCGACCGGAUAUUAGAGGUGAACAGCAUUGACCUGCGACAUGCCACACACCAGGAAGCUGUGCGGGCCUUGCUGGCCAACAAGCAGGAGAUCCGUAUGUUGGUACGGCGGGACCCUUCACCGCCGGGAAUGCAGGAAAUCAUGAUCCAGAAGCAGCCUGGAGAGAAGCUUGGUAUCAGCAUUCGCGGAGGGGCCAAGGGUCAUGCUGGAAAUCCUUUCGACCCCACAGAUGAGGGCAUCUUCAUCUCAAAGGUGAGUUCGACUGGCGCAGCAGCAAGGGACGGGCGACUGCAGGUUGGCAUGCGAAUUCUCGAGGUGAACAACCACAGCCUGCUGGGGAUGACGCACACGGAGGCGGUGCGAGUGCUCCGUGCUGUCGGGGACUCUCUGGUCAUGCUGGUUUGUGAUGGCUUUGACCCUCGCAAAGUGGCUGCAGUGGAGGCAUCUCCGGGUAUCAUUGCCAACCCAUUUGCAACCGGUAUUGUGCGAAAGAACAGUAUGGAGAGCAUCUCUUCUAUAGACCGAGACCUGAGCCCAGAGGAGAUGGAAAUAAUACAGAAGGAGUCUGAGAUGGUGAGAGAGACAUCACAGUGGGAGCGAGAAGAGAUGGAGAAAGUGGAGCGAAUGCGCUUGGAGCGUGAGGAGGCAACUCGCCUGCUAGAAGAGGAGACUGAGAGCAUUGGCACUGGACCGCUAAAGCUCGACUACAAAACACUAGCUGCGCUGCCCACCACGAGUCUGCAGAAGGUCAGCAGGGCGCCUUCCUCUGAUUUCACCAGGACGGAAAGCCCAAUCAGGGAAGCUCCUUACUCUCCUACUAUUCAACCGGCAAAUAUUCAUUACACCUCCACUCCCACUGUCAAGGACAACACCUCAUCAUCAACGCGACCAGGUGCCAUCCAGCCAGUGGGGCGUGUUCGGCCCAGCAACUCGCCCGCCACGCCAGACGGCCACAGCCCCAACCCCUUCCAGCAUGGCCCCUCCCCCUUCAACUCCCAGACCUCUGACCUUUAUGGCACAAGGAACAACUUCCAACCAAAGCAACCUUCUCCAGAGAGCCCAGUAUUUGGUGGUAAGCACAGCCCAGAGCAGCGCUCUUUCAGGGACAGACAGAAGUACUUUGAGAUCGACGUGAAGCAACAGACGCCAGAAAAACCCAAGCCUCGAGUCUCCCUCGUCGGGGAGGAUGACCUCAAGAAAAUGAGGGAGGAAGAAGAGAGGAAGUUUGAACAGCGAGCGCGGGAGUACUUACUGGAUGAUGACGAUGAGGAUGAGGAUGAGGAGGACCUGGCCAAGCAGGUGGCACAGAUGAAGGCCACCGGAAAGGUGUUGCUGGAUGGAGUGGAGUACAAAGUGGAGCCAGUGUCCACCCCAUCCCAGCACUGCACCACACCGCCAAACUACAGCUCAGGGCCUUCUUCAGUAGAUGGCAAGGGAGACUCUCAGAGGAAUUCAUUGGAGGACAGCUUCAGGCUGGAGCAGAGGCCCAACUCAAUGACUGGUCUCAUCCCAGCCUACCCCGGGGAGUCAGCAGCUCCCAUCCGAACAGCCAAAGCAGAGCGCAGACACCAAGAGAGACUUCGUAUGCAGAGCCCCGAGCUGGCCGUGGCACCUGAUAAGGACCUGUCCCCUGCAGAGAAACGAGCCCUGGAAGCCGAGAAGAGAGCAAUGUGGAGGGCAGCACGAAUGAAGUCUCUGGAGCAGGAUGCACUGAAGGCUCAGAUGGUCAUCGCCAAGUCUCGGGACGGGAAGAAACGUGGGACGCUAGAUCAACUGACAGAGUCACCUUCGCCUGCACCAACACCCUCUCCCACUCCUAUGGAGGAGCUCAGUCCUCGAGGAUUAACCUCGCCCGGCAGGCUGUCCGUGUCAACAAAGAAGUUUGACUACCGACAGUUUGCUGCCAUUCCUUCUUCCAAACCCGUAUACGACAUCCAGUCCCCAGACACAACUGACACAGACUUAAAGUUCAUCGAUGACGGCUCCAGUAACCCAGGAACCGCCGCGAGCCCCGACGUCACCCCGCUGCCUGCCACCUCCGCCCUGGAGGAGAUGGCUCUGUACAGCAACAAGCGCAAACUGAGGCAGGGCCGCCGCAGCCUGGAAACCGCCGUGCCCACAUAACACCUCACCAACUGAAGAAAAACCCUGCAGACGUCACGCAAACAUACACAACUUUACAAACACUGUGGAGCACUGGCCUCAGAGGGGCGUGCGUCCACAGGAGGUGCAGAUUCACCAAACACUACACAUGCUGUCAGUAGAGCGAGAUUUACUCUGCCGUAUGUAACCACUGCAAAGUCUACGACGCUGAUAGUCGCCACACAGACACUUAGAGCCCGCGUGCCAGUCUUGCCUUUCCAGUCUGAGGGCCAGUUGCUCAACGGCCCCUCAGCGGCAAGAAAGCGCUAGCGUUGUUAGCUAGGGUUGCUACUUAUUUUUUUAUUUCUUUCCAUUUAGCAUUCAGUUUGCCUCGUAGAAUCAGAUCUAUUUUAACUAGAGAUCAAAGCUUUUAGGGUUUUUUUAAUUUAAAUUUCUACGCCUUCAGUGAUUUUUGAUGCUUUUAAACAAAACAUACUGGAAGACAAACACAGAAAAGAAAUGGGUCAUAGCUAUACUAACUUCUUGAGAGACAUUCAUAGGCUUUCAGUGUUUUCUUCGGCCGACAGGAGUGUGUAUGUGUAUAUAUAUACAUACACAUAUAUAUAUUAAACGAGUAGGGAACAUCCUGCUACCUUCACUGUCACAAAAUGUGGUGAGCUUUUUUUUUUUUUUUUUUUU